CAGCUUCAUUCUGUAGAGAAAAAUCAGUCCAUCAAACAAUCCAGACCUGAAGGGAAUGAAGAAUUAGGGAGAGGGAGGCGCCAGAAGUAUAGAAGAAUACUUUCUGAAUCAGAAAGCAGUGACGAAUAUGAGGCAGUCAGUAAACAAGUUUCUGAAAAAAACAUCAAAAGAAUAAGAGCCAGAUCCUUUCUGCAUCAGUAUAAUCGAGAAAAACACCCAUUCACUGCAGAGGAUCCAUUGGAAUCAAGCAGGGAGGCAACAACAUCAACAAGGAAUGACAGUGGAGUCAAUCAACAAAUCUUGGCCGAGUUAAGAGAGAUUAAGAGUGUUCUUGUGGAAACUCUAACACUUUUAAAAAAUGGAUGCACUCCAUUAAUGACUGCACCUGCCCACACUCUCCCUGCACGCACUUCGGAUUUGCCAGCCCCAGAGUCUUCCCCUGUGGUACCUGCCCCUUCCUCUCUACUGCCUCUUCAUGUAAAGGAGACUAGGAGUAAUAAUGACUGCAAAAAGGUUCGAAUUGGCCCCAACACAUCCAUCGGUGCCGAACAGUUUGGCCACAUUAAAUGGACCGAAGCUAAAAAAGCAACAAAAGACCUCCUGGUGGCUGUUUUUGGAAGAGCAACACUGGCAACACACUGCUACACAGGAAAAAGUUCUAAUGCCUUCAAAGACAAAAUAGCAAAGCCACAACUGGAGGCUCAAAAAGUGUCUGACAUAAUUGGCUACAUCAAAAACAAAUUUAAUAUUGAAGCAAAUGUAAUUAAGAAGGCCAUCUCCCAGAAAUGCGCAGAUGAAAGCAAAAUGUCAAAAAGGCGCCACAAUGAUUGUGUGUGA